UGACACAUAACUGUUCCCCGUUAUACUCAUGUUUAGUCAUCCAUGCAUAUGCCGUGAGAAUUUUGCCGGUAUCACGUGACCGAGCGCCAUAUUGGAUUUCUCAGCGAACAUGGCCUCCGCAGUGGCAACUUCACAAGAGGAGAAACCUCAAAAAGACAGUAAAGCAUCAAAAACCGAAGGCGAAACCGAGACUCAAAGCCAGGCUGUUCUCAGUCCAGAGGAAGUCAUCAAGCACCCUCUGCAGAACAAGUGGGCCCUCUGGUUCUUCAAGAACGACAAGGCCAAAUCCUGGGCCGACAAUCUUAGAAUCAUAACUGCCUUUGACACAGUCGAGGGUUUCUGGGCGUUGUUCAACCAUAUUCAGUCAGCCAGUAAACUCCAGUCGGGAUGUGACUACUCUCUGUUCAAGGAUGGCAUCAAACCCAUGUGGGAGGACGGUAAGAACAAACCCGGGGGUCGUUGGCUGGUGAAUCUAGGACGAACGAAGCCGCAGGAUGUGGACAGAUUCUGGUUGGAAUCGCUGUUGUUCCUGAUCGGCGAGUCUUGCGACGACGAGGGUGAAUUGGUCAACGGAGGAGUGAUCAACGUCCGGGGUAAAGGCAACAAGAUUGCCAUCUGGACAGGCAACUACAAGAAGGAAGAAGGAAUUCUAAAGAUUGGGAAGGGAUUUAAGGAAGUUCUACAUCUACCAGCUAAGACAUUAAUAUCAUAUGAGGCCCACGCAGACACGAUGUCCAAGACAGGUUCGAUGGCGAAGAGUCGGUACUCGGUAUGAUAGCAGGCCGGCAUAGAUAAUACUUGUAUAGCUUAUAGUGAUACAUAUAGAAAGGGGGA